GAUCGGUAGCGGGAGCGGAGAGCGGACCCCCGAGAGAGAAGCCCCUGAGCAGCCCUACCACCGCCGCCGCCGUCGCCGGCCUAAUUGUUACCAUCACACCCCGGGAAGGAGGAGCCGUAGCUGCCGCAGCCGGCCCCUUGGAGUCACCAUCACCGCCAGCAUGAGCAGCGAGGCCGAGACCCAGCAGCCGCCCGCCGCCCCCUCCGCCGCCGCCCCCGCCCUCAGCAACGCCGCCGCCGUCGCCGCCGCCGCCAACGACUCCACCAAGCCCGGAGGCGGCGCGGGCAGCGGCGGCGCGGGCAGCGGCGGCCCGGGCGGCCUCACAUCGGCGGCGCCCGCCGGCGGGGACAAGAAGGUCAUCGCAACGAAGGUUUUGGGAACAGUCAAAUGGUUCAAUGUAAGGAACGGAUAUGGCUUCAUCAACAGGAAUGACACCAAGGAAGAUGUAUUUGUACACCAGACUGCCAUAAAGAAGAAUAACCCCAGGAAGUACCUUCGCAGUGUAGGAGAUGGAGAGACUGUGGAGUUUGAUGUUGUUGAAGGAGAAAAGGGUGCGGAGGCAGCAAAUGUUACAGGCCCUGGUGGAGUUCCAGUGCAAGGCAGUAAAUAUGCAGCAGACCGUAACCAUUAUAGACGCUAUCCACGUCGCAGGGGUCCUCCACGCAAUUACCAGCAGAAUUACCAGAAUAGUGAGAGUGGGGAAAAGAAUGAGGGAUCAGAGAGUGCUCCCGAAGGCCAGGCCCAACAACGCCGGCCCUACCGCAGGCGACGAUUCCCACCUUACUACAUGAGGAGACCCUAUGGGCGUCGACCACAGUAUUCCAACCCUCCUGUACAGGGAGAAGUGAUGGAGGGUGCUGACAACCAGGGUGCAGGAGAACAAGGUAGACCAGUGAGGCAGAAUCUGUAUCGAGGUUAUAGACCACGAUUCCGCAGGGGCCCUCCUCGCCAAAGACAACCUAGAGAGGAUGGCAAUGAAGAAGACAAAGAAAAUCAAGGAGAUGAGACCCAAGGUCAGCAGCCACCUCAACGUCGGUACCGUCGUAACUUCAAUUACCGACGCAGACGCCCAGAAAACCCUAAACCACAAGAUGGCAAAGAGACAAAAGCAGCCGAUCCACCAGCUGAGAAUUCGUCCGCUCCCGAGGCUGAGCAGGGCGGGGCUGAGUAAAUGCCGGCUUACCAUCUUUACCAUCAUCCGGUUUAGUCAUCCAACAAGAAGAAAUGAAUAUGAAAUUCCAGCAAUAAGAAAUGAACAAAAGAUUGGAGCUGAAGACCUAAGUGCUUGCUUUUUGCCCACUGACCAGAUAACCAGAACUAUCUGCAUUAUCUAUGCAGCAUGGGGUUUUUAUUAUUUUUUACCUAAAGACGUCUCUUUUUGGUAAUGACAAACGUGUUUUUAGAAAAAUAAAAAAAAAAAGAAGCCUGGUUUUUCUCAAUACACCUUUAAAGGUUUUUAAAUUGUUUCAUAUCUGGUCAAGUUGAGAUUUUUAAGAACCUCAUUUUUAAUUUGUAAUAAAAAGUUUACAACUUGAUUUUUUCAAAAAAAAUAAAA